UGUUGCUAUUUGUGUCGUCGUUUUGUUGUCGCCGGGUUGUUUGUUGCUAUUUGUGUCGUCGUUUUGUUGUCGCCGGGUUGUUUGUUGCUAUUUGUGUCGUCGUUUUGUUGUCGCCGGGUUGUUUGUUGGUAUUUGUGUCGUCAUUUUGUUGUCGCCGGGUAGUUUGUUGCUAUUUGUGUCGUCGUUUUGUUGUCGCUGGGCUGUUUGUUGCUAUUUGUGUCGUCAUUUUGUUGUCGCCCGGCUGUUUGUUGAUGUUGCUAUUUUUGGUUCUGUUUUGUUGUUGUUGUUGUUGGACUAUUUGUUGUCGCUAUUUUCGGUGCUGCUGUUUUGUUGUUAGAUGGGUUGUUUCUAUUUUUGUUAUCACUGUUUUUACUGUCUUUAUUUUAAUCUAUGUUUUCAAUAUUUAUUAUUAUUAUUAUUAUUAUUAUUAUUAUUAUUAUUGUUGGUGUUGUUGUUGUUGUUGUUGUUGUUGUUGUGAGGUGAAGUUGUAGGGGUGUAAACCUUUCUGCCCGCGUUGUUGUCCUGACAACCAAUAAGCAGCGCGAGUCUCGUGAAAAGGGGGCAGCAGAGCGACGCGCAGCAGCUCGCUCUCUCUCUCUCUCUCUCUCUCUCUCUCUCCCUCUCAGUGGUGAACUGCGCGCGGGCUGAAGCAGAGUCUCGUGUCCGCGGGUUUCUAUCGGACCUCCAGCGCGCGCUCCGCUUUCAGCACCGCGAGCGUCACGCGCGUCUCUGUCUCUGAACUCGGAGCUCGAGCUGCUGGGCUGUUUGCCUCCUGCUGGUUCUCCUUUUUCUCUUUUUUUCUGAACGCUGAUUACUUUUUCAUCUUUUUUUAUUCCCCUCUUUCUCGGAUCUACCGCUCGCGCGGAGAGUGUGCGUGUUGUGUGGAGUGUGUGAGGGAGAGCGUGCGCGCGUGAGUGUGUGGAGAUGUGGCGCGCGAGCAGACCGCGGCUGGCCCAGCUGCGCGCCUCCUUUUUCCGACUGCUGUGUCUUCUGCCCGCAGGAGUGUCGGUGCGGAGCGCGGACAUGCAGCGCGCGACAGACAACAUCACCAUCAGACAGGGGGACACGGCCGUCAUCAGGUGUUACGUGGAUGACAAGGUCUCCAAAGUGGCCUGGCUCAACCGCUCCAACAUCAUCUUUGCCGGGGAGGAUAAAUGGUCCCUGGACCCUCGUGUGGACCUGGUGACCAAGGGCCAGCUGGAGUACAGUCUGCGCAUCCAGAAAGUGGACGUGUACGACGAGGGGCCCUACACCUGCUCCAUUCAGACCAAGCAGCAGUCCAAGACCUCCCAGGUCUACCUCAUCGUCCAAGUUCCCGCCAACAUAUACAGAGUUUCGGAGGACAUCACUGUGAACGAAGGCAGCAACGUCACGCUGAGCUGCCUCGCUAACGGCAGGCCGGAUCCCUCCAUCACCUGGAGGCUGCUCAAUCCAUCAGCAGAGACUCUGGAGGUGGGCGAGUAUUUGGAAAUUUACGGAAUCAUGCGCACUCAAGCCGGACGCUACGAGUGCAAAGCCAGCAACGACGUAGCAACGCCUGACGUCAAAUACGUCAACGUGGUCGUCAACUAUCCACCUUUCAUUAAGGUUGCUAAAAGCUCGGAGACGCAGAUGGGCCGUUUGGGUGUCCUGCAGUGUGACGCCACAGCCGUGCCUAAACCAGAGUUCGAGUGGUACCGAGACGACAAGAGGCUGUCUAAUAUGCAGGGCAUCACUAUUCAGAUCGUUGGUACUCGUACCCUUUUGCUGGUAGCCAACGUCACAGAAGAUGAUUACGGAAACUACACCUGUGUGGCCACCAACCGACUGGGAAGACACAACGCUAGCGUGUUCCUUUACAGACCUGGAACUGGACGGGACAUCAACGGCUCGGCAUGCAUCUGUCUGUCCAUGUGGCUCCUCGUCCUGCCCCUCCUCCUGCCUCUACUCAAUUGUUAAUACUCAGCGCUGCAGUCCUUCACCACCACACCUCCUUUCUCUCCUUCUCCUCCUUAUAAUCUCUCUCUCUUUAUCUCUCUCUCUAUCCCUCUCUCUCCU